AUGCCCAUCAUACCGCCCAUGCGAGGUAAACCCUGCAUCUUGACCUCGCUCCUCCCCGGAGACGCGGCCCUCACUGUGCGUCGAUCCGUGACAGCAGAGGAACGUUGGGUCCCGUCCGUGGCCGGCGAUCAAAUUCUCCCGAGUCAGCUGGGCUUUCCCCUUUUCCCGGCAGUAUCGGAACACGCGCGCGUGACCAAUCUCACAACCCGCCCCCGAGUACCGGCCGACGCACGGGACAUCAUGGGUCCCAUUGGCGGACCCGCGGGCCGAGGUCUGACAGUGCCUCCCUUGGGUGAGGGGAUGCGCAAGGGCCUCCCCGACGACAGAAAACACAAGCACAGGCCGCCGAUGUGGGACAGCAACCUGCACGGUGAGCCUGGCGGUAGGUUCAAGCCCAAGGCUGCGUCGAGGUCCGCAGCAGGGGCCGUGCAUGAGCCCGUCGACCCCGAUGCCGCUUGGGCGUGCGAGGACGCCCUGAAAAAGAUGCGGAACGCUGUCGCGAAGCGACGCGAGCAGCACCGAAGGGAGAUUGACGUCGUCGCCGCAGCGUUCGUCGCCCACGCGGGGGGUCCCGCGCAUCCCGGUAAGUGCGAUCGCGCGCAGUUCCGCGCCGCGUGGGCAUCGCUCGGGGUCAAGGACCUCAGCGACGAGGAGGUAGCCGCGGUCUUCUCCAGGAUGGGCGUCGACUCGAACGGGCUCAUGCCGUGCGACGUGUUCACCAGGGCGCUCGCCAUGGGCGCGGGUCGCGCGGCGGGCAUGGAGGCAAUUAAGAAGGGUCCGUUCAUCGACGCUAAAGACGCGGAUUUCCUCGGGAAGGUGACGUACCCGCAGUGCAGACGCGGCGUCAACACCCCCACGGAGUGGCUCGCGUCGGCCAAGGAGAUCACGCGGCGGUCGGCUUCCGAGCCGGCGGCUUCGCUCGCGCUGGAUUUCGUCAACGGCCUCCCGGGCGCGUCCACGGGCAACGCCUUGAAGGUCACGCCGUGCGGUAAGAUCGUCUACUACGUCGCCGCGCUCGGCGUGGUGUACGACAGGACGACGCAUCGGCAGAGGUUCUUCGCGGGUCACGACGACGACGUCCGAUCCAUCGCGCAGCACCCCGACGGGUACACCUUCGCGACUGGUCAGGACGGCGCCAAGCCCAGCGCGCUGGUGUGGAGUUGCAGGAGGGAGGCGCGUGAUCCGGUGGACAUGCCGUGCGCGCAGCUGGCGAGGGUGGCGGACGCGGAGGGGUACAUGCGAUCGUUCGUGGCGUUAGCCUUUGACGCCACCGGGGACGUCCUCGUCGCGAUGGGCAGCGAUAACCGACACACGGCGACGCUGUGGGCGUGGAGGAACAAACGCGACCAGGCGCCGCUGGCGAGCGUGCCGACGAUCCAAGGCGUGGUUCCCGCGGUUUGGGGCGUCGCCGUUAACCCCCGCGCGCACGUGAGCGCCAAGCACAGGCCGAGGGACGGGUCGCCGGAUCCGUCCAAGACGGGUGAGUUUAUAACCUUCGGCGAUAAGCACGUCAAGGUGUGGAGGAAGGACAAGACGAGCGGGAUAUGGGGCGGUAAGCUCGCGUCGUUCAGCGAUACCAAGGCGUUCGGCGUCAACUCCGCGGUGUACCUUCCCGUCAAGGGUGAGGACAAGGCGCCGCGCGUCCUCGCGGGAACGUCGGAUGGAAGACUGGCGAUUUUCGACCUUCGAGCCAACAAACUCGUCAAGCUGAUCCGCGCGCACGAGGACCUCGGCCGGGCGCCCUCGAUGCGCAAGCCCGGCUUGGCGAACACCAAGGGCAUUCGCGCGUUACUGCUUCUCGAGGAAGACAACAUGCUCGUCACCGGGGGCGCGGACGGGCGCGUCAUCACGUGGGCGCUGACCGAUGACGGCGAUGACGUCGUCGGUAAGGUUGAUGAAAUAGUGCUCCAGUCGCCGAUGGGACCCGGUGCGCCGCCGCCGAUGAUUCGAUCCCUCGCCGUCGCCGUGGAGCCCGAGCCCGACGUCGAGGAGCCCGCGAGUGAGAUGAGCACAGGAACCAAGAGCGGGACGGACGUCACCGCCAAGGUUGGCGCGGCGGAGGAGGGCAACGGGAAGAAGGCGCGAACCGGACCCGUGAAAUUUUACGUGGGCACCGACCAAUGCGACCUUUGGGAAGUUACCGCGACGAGCGUUCGCAUCCUCAUCGCCGGGAGCGGAUCCGCGCUGAACGACGUGGCGUGGAACCCCACGGUGCCCCACGUGUGCGCCACGAUCGGCGAGGACGGCUUGGUCAAGCUGUGGAACGCGGAAAAACGCGCGCAGUUUGCGGUGCGCAACCUCGGCGCCGGGGUCUCCUCGACGAAAUCGUCGGGCGGCGGUAAAUCCCUGCACUUCUCACCCGACGGUAAGCUCCUCGCCGCGGGGCUCGGCGACGGGCGCGUGGUCGUCAUGGACGCGAGGUCCCUGGCGCGCCUCGCCGAGGCUCAGGCUGGCGGCGGGGGUUUGCUUAACCCGGCGGCUGGCGUGGACCACAAGCCGGGCAGCCGAGUCGCCGCGGUGAAGUUCUCCCCGGACUCGACCCUGCUCGCGUGCGCGGGUGCCGACCGUAGCGUGCACAUCUUCGCCAACGUCGACGGCCGGUUCGCCCCCACGGCGACGUGCGCCGGUCACUCCACCACCGUCGUCGCGCUUGACUGGACCGAGGACAGCCGGAUCCUUCGAAGCGUCUGCGCCAACCACGAGAUGCUGCACUGGUCCGCGCCGUCGGGGAAGCCGUUCAAAGGGGACGUCCGGGACUUUAACUGGCACACGCACAACAGCCCGGUGGGGUUCCCGGUCAUGGGCGUGUGGGAGGAAGGUAAAGCCGGGCCCAGGCACAUAAACUCGGUGGAUAGGUCCAGCGACCGCGGGCACAUGGUCGCGGGUGACGACGCCGGGAUCGUUCGGCUCCUUCAUUACCCGUGCGUGGCCAGGGGCGCCGGUUCCGCCAGGUUCAGGGGGCACAGCAGCCACGUCAGCGCGGUCAGGUUCUCGGCGGACGACGCGUGGGUGGCGUCGACGGGGAGCGUGGAUAACUCGCUGUUGGUGUGGCGCGUGAGGGGAAUGAAGGGGACGCGUGAUGUGAACGGACCCAUAGCGUAA